AUGAAGGAGCUGCGCCUGAAUCUGGAGGGCCAGAUCGAUGCCGUGGACCGGGCAUCACACAACGGUAACCGCCGCCGCCGCCGCCGCCUUAAUAGGCGCUCGCAAACCGCUGUACCCUGUCGGCUAACCCGCGAGCGUGCAGCGGACAGCGGGGGGCUACGGGAGGCCGAGCCCAGGGGGGCCGGGCCCCCCCCGGGCCCCCCAUCCCAGCCGCAGGUGCUCAACGUCACCAAGACGACGGUGCAGUUGUCGUGGCAACCCGCGCCGGGCACCGGCCCCGCCUCCACGUUCAUCGUCGAGGCGUUCAGCCAGUCGGUGAGCAACACGUGGCAGACGGUGGCCGAGGGCGUCCGUGGCAGCUCGCACGCCGUCACCGCCCUGCGGCCAAACACCGUGUACCUGUUCCUGGUGCGCGCCGCCGCUCCCAACGGCCUCAGCGACCCCAGCCCUCCCUCCGCACCCGUCCGGACGCAAGACGCGCCGCCACCAUCGCUGGGCGUCGAUCACCGCCAGGUGCAGCGAGACCUCUCGGACGUCGCCGUCCGGCUCCACUCACCCAGCGCACUCACCUCGACCAGCCUGCAGCUCACCUGGACGGUUGAACGCCCGUCCCAGUACGUGCAGGGCUACCGCCUGCUCUACCGCCUCGCCUCGCCACCAGGCGGUGGCAGCGGUGCCGGCGGUGGCGGCGGUGGCGGCGGUGGGCCCUGGCAGGUGCUCGAGGUGCGCUCGCCACUCGAGCGGGUGGCCCUGCUGGGCUCCCUCCGCAAGGGGUCACUCUACGAGGUGAAGCUGCGGCCGUUUUUCGCCGAACUCCUCGGCACGGACAGCGAGACGCGGCAAGCGAGGACCCCCGAGGAGGCACCCAGCGCGCCACCCCAGGGCGUGUCCAUCACCACGCACGGCAGCGCCAACGUCACAAGCAUCCGCGUGUCCUGGGAUCCCCCACCGGCAGAGCACCACAAUGGAAUAAUCCAGGAGUACAAGGUCUGGUGUCUCGGCAACGAGUCGAGGUACCACGUGAACCGCACCGUCGAUUCGGCCGCACGGGAACUGUGGCUGGACGGUUUGGCACCGGGAGUCAAGUACCUGCUUGAGGUCGCGGCCCGGAACAGCGCCGGAGUCGGAGUUCACAGCGCGCCCCGGAGCGUCCUGAUUGCUCCGGCGAGCGUGGUGCCGGCGGGCGGUGGCGGUGACGACGACCUGGCGGAGCAGAUCACCGACGUGGUGAAGCGUCCGGCGUUCAUCGCGGGCCUGGGCGCUGCUUGCUGGGUGCUGCUCGCCUGCCUCAGCCUGUGGCUCUACUGCCGGCGCAAGCGGCGCAAGACGCUCGCCGGAUACGCCGGCCAAUCCUUCACGUUCACUCCGGCAGUGGCGUUUCAGAGAGGGGAUAUGGCCCUGACAAGUGGCAACCGGCCGUCGGCGCUGGGAGGCCGGGACCCCGGCGCCUUCCCGUGGCUCUCCGACGCGUGGCCGGCGGGCGGCCUCGCCGUCAUGCCCAGCCCUGGGGCGUGCAGCCACGGCUCGCUGGGGCGGGCCGAGCCGGGCCUCACCCUGCACGACGCGGGGCCGCUGCUGUGCUACUCGGACGACAAGUCCUGCACGCUGCUGUCGGACAGCGCCAUCUACAGCAGCAUCAACCACGGCGGCGGCGGCAGCUACGGCGGUGGCAGCAGCGGCAAAGGCUCAUCGGCGACGCAUCGCGUUGGCGGCGGUGGUGGCGGUGGUGGCGGUGGCGGUGGCGGUGGUGGCGGUGGCUGUUCAGCCGUGACCCUGAUGGCGCUUCCCAGCCCCGGCACUCACAGCUUGGCGUCGCCGUACGUGACGACGCCGCUCAUCUGCUCCUCGUCGAUCGGCGGCAGCGGUGGAGGAGGUGGAGGAGGAGUUGGUGGAGGAGGCUCGCCGCUGCCGUGGGGAGUGAGGCCGCCAGACGUCACCCUGGGGGCCGCGGAGCGGGGAGCGUAUCGCCAGGACCUCAGCCGUUCGUCUCCCACACAGGGCUCGUGUGCCGAGUCCGAGUACAGCAGCGGCGCAUCGGGAGGGAGGAGCAACAGGAAGAGGAGGGGCAAGGUGGUGGUGGGCGGCAAGGUGGGGGGGCGGGGGGCGCCCCCCGGCGGAGGGUGGGGGGGUGACGGCCUCCCCACCCCACCCACCAAUCACAUCCUCUACAACGACAGCGCGAUUGGCUACAUGAGGUGGCAAGGAAGUUGA